AUGGCUCCGCAAACCGAAACACCUGCCACCUGGCUUGUGCUCGCGCUGCUCGUCGUUUGCUCGCCACUGUCCUCUGCGAAGGAUCACAACUAUAUUGUGCACCCAAGCGCCGACCUUGAGUGUCCGGGCAACGUGACCGACGGGCGUCUCCUGAUCACGGCGUACCGACCGCAGUACGAGAGUGACCGGAAGCGGGACUAUCUGGACGCGCGGCACCAGAAGCUGUACACGCUGCAGGAGUACCUGGACGAUCGGGCCCCGUACGUGACGGUCGGUAUGGACCCGCUGCUGCGUGUCCCGUACGGCACGGAGGUCUGCGUGCCGGAGCUGAACCGGCACUUCCGGCGGCCGGUGCAGCUGCGUGUGUGCGACACGCACGAGGACCUGAGCGGUGGCGGCUACCGGCGGCUGGAGAUCUGCGUGCGCACCCAGGAGGACAGCUACGAUGACGCGGUCAACCUGCUCCAGGCCACGCUCGUACUUGGAACGCCCGAUGCCUAA